CUUGCCUUAAGAACAACAACAAAACAGAAAAGAAAGGCACCGCCAAGCCCAUUUUCUCUUCCAAUUAUAGGCCAUCUGCACCUCAUCAAACUUCCCAUGCAUCAAACACUUCAUAAUCUUUCCCAAAAAUAUGGCCCAAUCAUCUCUCUCCGAUUUGGUUCCCAGAAAGUAAUGGUUAUAUCAUCACCAUCAGCUGUUGAAGAAUGCCUCGCUAAAAACGACAUCGUUUUUGCAAAUCGUCCCCCGUUUACUCUAUCCAAGUACGUAGGUUACGACAACUCUACUCUCUCAACAUCCUUUUAUGGAGACCAUUGGCGCAACCUUCGCCGCAUAGGCAGCAUAGGCAUGCUUGAAGUUUUCUCCUCGAAUCGCCUGAAUGCGUUCUGGCUCGACGAGAAAGAAAUCAAGUUUUUCCUAAAGAAACUGGUAUAUAUCUCAAGUAAUGCGUUUGCUAAGGUAGAGUUGAAACCACUGUUGCAUGAGCUAACUUUAAUAUGAUUAUUACGAAUGAUAGCCGGAAAACGUCAUUAUAGUGAGGCAUACGAUUCAGAAAGGAGAAAGAAGAGGCAAAGCCAAUAAUUUAAAGAAACGAUAGAAGAGACUUUUGAAUAUGCAGGAGCCUCAUAUUUGGGAGAUUUCUUGCCUAUUUUGCAGUGGAUUGAUUAUGGGGGAUUUUUGAAAAGAGCGGAACGACUUGGUAAAAGAACUGAUAGUCUAUGGCAAAGUUUUAUCGAUGAACAUAGAAAGAAAGAAAUAAAGAACACCAUGAUUAGCCAUCUGCUUUCUUUGCAAGAAUCAGAACCAGAAUAUUAUACAGAUGAAGUUAUUAAGGGUCUUAUUCUGGAUAUUGUAUUUGGUGGGACUGAAGCAACAGCCAUUACAAUAGAAUGGGCAAUGUCAAAUUUACUUAAUCACCCUGAAAUUCUGGAGAAGGCAAAGAAAGAGUUGGACACAAAGAUCGAUGAUAAAGAAAGCUUGAUGGAUGAAACUGUUGUUUCUAAAUCACCAUAUCUUCAAAGUAUUAUAACAGAAACCCUAAGAUUGCAUCCACCAGGUCCACUCCUUAUUCCACAUUUAUCAUCUCAAGAGUGUAAUGACCCUAAGUUAUUGGGAUGGACGCAGUUAUGGGAUGACGCAGCUAAAUUUAAGCCUGAGAGAUUUGAGAGUGGAACUAAUCAAGGUAUUGAAGCCAACAAGCUGUUGCCUUUUGGGUUAGGAAGGAGGUCAUGUCCUGGGAUUGGUUUAGCCAACCGGGUUCUAGGGUUUGGUUUAGGGUCUUUGAUUCAGUGCUUUGAAUGGAGAAGGGUAAGUGAUCUGGAAAUUGAUAUGUCUGAAGGGAUUGGAAACACCAUGCCCAAAGCUCAGCCAUUAGUGGCCAUGUGCAAGGCACGUGAUAACAUGACGAAAGCCCUAUCUUCUUCUCCAUGA